AUGGCAGGAGGCGAAGCUUCAUCAUCAGAAUCCUUGACGGUGGACAUGAACUCUCGAUCGCGCGCAGCUCUCAAACGCGUUGCGGCGCGAGGAUCUGUCGGUGCGCAAGAUGGUCCCGGAAUUGUUCUUAAAAAGCAUGGGGCCAAAUUGCGGCGUCUUCGUGAUGAUAGGGAGGAGGAGGUGAUCCUGCUAGGAGCGGCAUGCUCAGAAGUCUUCACAGGGCCGCGACUUGCAAGAGUGUUACGACCUGCCUUUGAGCAGCAGAAGCAUGCUAUGGAGUGCUUGGAGAGGGAUGAGGCUUGGGAACCCCUUGCAAUACACACCAGCGCUGGAGUUCCACGAGCACUUGCGGACUUUGUGGAGAGCAUUGCGGUGCACUUACCUUGGUCUCGCGAGAGCGACUGGUUCCUGAACUUGCAGCUCGACGGAAGUACCGCUGUAUGGGCAGGGGUGGAAGCUUUGGCCAGCCUACGCGCGUCCGAGGCGUCCAAUGCGUCCACCGAAUGUUACCUGGGAAUUGCUGAGCACUCCUACCAUGGCGCCAGGACCACAGCCCUUGGGCAACCUGCACUGCCACGCUGGGCCAACGCACCGCGGACGGUCGGACAAGUGCCAUACCCUGUACCACCGGCAGAAGCUGCCACAAGUCAGCAAGCCCAAGAAGAGUACCUGGAGAAUUUUGAAGCCUUCCUGGCAAAGAACAAGCAGAUUGGAAUCUUUAUCUUUGAGCCUCAGUGGGGUUCCAGCUUGCUUGGCAGAAUCUGGCCUGCAGAGCUCCUUCGGAAAGUCAUCUCACUGUGUCAUGCGAAAAAUAGAAGUGUUUUGUGCGACGAGAUCAUGUGCGGUCUAGGCCGCCACGGGCAAAACAACAGCUUGUUUCUCAGCACUGCGUGGGACCUGGAUCCGGACGGUUUGACGUUCGGCAAAGCGAUCGCGAGUGGCACCUUUCCGCUCUCGGGGAUUGCGAUCCGCAGUGGUGCGAAAGCCCUGCUGUCUUCGGGUACAAAAGUGACGCAAAGCCAUACGUACUCAGGAGCAUCAGCGCUCGCGUACCUCACUGCGACCCAAGUGCUGAAAGAAGUGCCAGCUUGGUUCAAGAACAUCCAAGAAUUAUCCAAGCUAGUGAGAGAGAUUCUCGGACCAUUGGAAGCACAAGGAUUCUUCUGCCUCCAUGGGCAGGGACUUCUGUGGGGCGGGCACCUGCUCAAAGGAGCAGAAGACCUCAAACGGUUGAAGCAGUACUGUCAAAGAGAGGCUGUUUGGCCAUACUUUGUGGAGUCACCAAAUGCAGGAUUUAUGAUCAGCCCUGCUUAUGAUAUCUCCGAAGAGCACCUCCGUGAUGGAUUAAGACGACUGGCUCGUGCGCUGGAGGCGCUUAGAAGCGAAUGA